AUGUAUGAUUGUUUUUCUAAAUCAUACAUACGCAUUUAUUUAUGUAAUUUCUAUGAUGUACCAAAUAUAUAUAGAAAUACUUUAUUCGAACAAUAUUUUUAUUUUACUUGCAACUGUGUAGCUUGUGAAAGAAAUUGGCCUCCACUUUUAAAUUUUAUACAAAUUGAGCAAAAAUUUAUUAAUACUUCAAGAAGUUUUUUAGAAACUAAGUUCAUUGAGGAAAAUAAAGAAUUAUUAACAUUAAUUCAUAAAAAAGAUGCUAAAUUUAAUGAAAAUAUCAUACAAGAUUUGGUGAAAGCAAUUGAAAAAGCAUCAAAAAUUUUACCCCAACCUUGUUCCAUAAAAUGUAUAUUGACGUUUUCUUUGCAGAUGGUUUUUGAAAAGCUCUAUGGUUAUAAUACUCAAAUAUUUGAUAAUUGUCAAAGUCGUAUUAAACCUUAA